AUGGUGGACGUUGAGAACUCCGAAGGUCGAAAACUCGUACAGCAAACCGGCUGGCCGCCCUCUCCUGUCCUCCCUCCUUGGCCUGCUCGCCAGCGAUCCCGCUCUCCCUUUCAUCGCGAAGCGACGUAUCGCGAGCGGGCUCGCUUCCCUUCGAGCGCCAUCGACAACUGGCUGCUCACACGGGGUGGUCUGCCUCAGCUUGAUCUAAUUCCUCGUGGCAACCUCGUCUUAUUGCCAGUCGAGGAACUGGAGAACCAGUAUAGGCUUGCCCGCGCCGCUGAAGAAUUGGCUGCUGCAAGCGCCCGGCGUACGUGGGUUGAGGAGGAGCUCCGGCGUGUGCGUCGCGACAGGGAUGGUCGCAACAGUGACAACCAACGAGAUGGUCAGUAG